GAGCGAGAGAGGGAGGACGAUGAUGAUGAUGCUGCCGGUGGAAAAUGGCUGCUGCAUCCUCGAGCCCAUCCGAAACCAUAUGAAGGUGGACAGAGAAAGACAAGAAAAUGAGAGCAGCAGCGAGCACAAGGAGUGAGUGAAAGAGAGACCGUGUGUGCGUGCGUAUGUGAGCGAGAGUGUGAGAACGCGCGCGCGCGCGCGCGUGUGUGUGUGUAUGAGUGUGAGAACGCGCGCGCGCAAGUGUGUGUGUUCGGUAAGAAGGGGAAUAAAAAAGACGAGAGACCGGGGGGCAGCCAGCUCGAAGCGGCGGGCAACACCGAGCCAUGGAGGGCGAUGUGCGUGUCCGAGCAGUGGUGAUGACACGUGACGAUUCUAGUGGUGGCUGGGUGCCCCUUGGAGGUGGCGGCCUCAGUCACGUGAUCAUUUGUAAGGGGCGGAGCUCUGAAGGUCGUGGGCGGAGAGAGUACGUCAUACGCGGAGAACGGCUACGCGAUCGAGCACCUGUGCUGGAAUGCGCCAUUCAAAAGGGUCUGGUCUACAACAAGGUGAACCCCAUCUUCCAUCACUGGCGUGUGGAGGAGAGGAAGUUUGGUCUGACCUUCCAGAGUCCAGCUGAUGCCAUCUCCUUCGAGAGGGGGCUUCAAAGUGUCCUUGAUAAGCUGGACAGAGGAUCCGACUCGCCAUCGUCCUCCACUCCUGAAGAGGGCGACACCGAGGAUGAUGGUCAAGCAUCUCAUACAGGGAGUGAGUCGUCGUCCAACAGCAGAAAAGAGAUGCUGCCCAAACCCAUUACCAUUGUGACCAGCGAGUCCUCCUCCACCUGUUUUGUGCGCUCCACAGAGGAGUUCGCGUACGGGACAGGUCACGUCGUCACGACACAGACCCCGGCCCAGAUCCACACCCGACCCGCCCAGCACCAGCUCACCCAAGUCACAUCCGUGUUGAACCCUCCGGCACCCCCUCCGCCGCCUCCGGCCCCCCCGACCCCCCCCACAGCGCCCCCUGCCUCCUCCCCGCUGUCCCCGCUCUCGCCCACGAUCUCCCUGCUGGAGGAAGGGGACCUCCGCAGCCUGGACCCCUGCAAGGACCUGUGGGGAACACGCGGCUACGAGGACUACCGACGCGCCGGCGCCACGCGGACCAAGGUGGGCGGGCUGACGGGGGGCGUGGUGGUGAGCGGCAGCCAGGACAAGACCGAGCUCUGCGUGGUGCGCUUCGAGAAAGAGCUGGCCGGCGUGGGCACCACAGGCUGCGAGGUCACCGUCAUGCUGGACACCAAAGGUUCUCAGUGCAACUCUUCGCCCACCUGCAUGCCCAACGCCGUGCCGGGGGUGCCGUCGGCCAGCGGCUCCCCUCAGGAGACGGGUAAAGGCUCUCCCUCUCCCUGCUGCAUCCACGCCUCCCUCGCCACGCCACGCUCUCGGACUCGCAGGCGAGGGGGCGGCGGAGGGGAAGCCAUCUCUCCGGACGACGACAGCUCCUGCCCACAGGGCUCCUCCUCCUGCUCGUCCCGCUGCGUGUACUGCCGCUCCGUCUUCAGCGCCUCCGAGAACGGACGGGGCCGCUGCCGGGACGCCCCGGACCCGGCGCUACACUGCCUGCGCCAGUGGACGUGCGUGUGGUGCGCAGAGAGCCUGCUCUACCACUGCAUGUCGGACUCCGAGGGCGAGUUCUGGGAGCCGUGCUCGUGCGAGGACUCGAUGGGCGGCGGGCCGCACCCGCUGUGCUGUGCCCGCUGGACGGCGCUGCUGGUGCUGUCUCUUUUCGUGCCCUGCAUGUGCUGCUACCUGCCCCUGCACGCAUGCCUGCGCUGUGGGGAGAGAUGCGGCUGCUGCGGAGGGAAGCACAAGGCCGUGCGAUGAGGCCUGAGCGGGGGGAGGGCGUGUGGGCGGGGCUUAUUGCGACGGGACGGGAGCAGCCGCAGAGCCAGAUCUCCUACGUAAACCUUCACGACAAUAUCCGUCUGCUGCAUUCCGCUCUUUCUAUUCCGCGCUCGGACCCUUCUCGCUCGUACCGGCGGUGGGUGCAUGGGUUCGGGGAGGUUGCUCUCUGAUUUGCUGGUCGUUGGGGUCAGGGGUCGUCUCCGGGAGGUGGGGAGUGAAUGGGGUUCAGUGACGUGUAAACAUUUGUUAGUUUUCUUUUCUCUUGGGUUCUGUUUUUUUUUUGUUUUUUUUUAAUUUAGGGAGAAAAUAUGAAAUGUUUAUAGAUAAUGUUAUCAGACCUAUUUUGAGUAUCUUAUUUUACUUGAACUUUUUGCAAUUGAUUUAACAAAUACACUCCCCUCGUACCUCUAAGUUGAUGAGUUUUACCUCAAUGUCCAGAGGAGAGUAAGGCAAAUAGAGAAAGAGACUUAUUUUGGGGACUGUGUGCUGUGGUGAGGUUUUGUAUAUGGUCUUUGCGCUAGGUUUUUCACGCACGUUCGGCCAGAACAUAUUUGUGAAGGAGAACAUUUUGAUGUUGUACCACUUUUAGUUGUUUGAGGACAGGGAACGUGAACGGUCUGAUCGAGGGCAGUUUCACCAAAACCACCACUUUCACCACAUAUGGACACAUACAUGCUCAUUCUUCUGUUAAGAGUAUAGUUGUGUUUAACUUGCCAACAACUGAGAAUGUGGCCUAUAUUUAAAAGACAGACCAAAAAAAGUGAAGAGAUAAUCUAGUCCUGAAUCUGCCGAACAUUUGCACAGCAAAUGUAAACCGAGGCCUUGAAAUGUAGUUGUACACGACACCAAAAAUACAGUGCAAAUUAGUUGUUAUUAUUAGUCAGAAGUAAAGAAUAAAAGAAAGGACUGUUGUGUGAGACACAACACUUUUAACUUUAUCUGUUAGUAUGGCAACAAGAGAAGUACUCACCUCACGCAUCCUAACCAGUUAGCCCCACCCCCAGUAAAGUCCCAUUGGUCCAAAAUCAUCAAAUGUGUUCUGAUUGGCUGUGAUUGUGUUACACUUUCUUUUCAUUUUCACUGUGGACAGACAAAUGAACUUGUUGCCUAGUUAAAGCCCAUCUAAAUUGUUCAAACACUAACUGGCGUAACGGUUUGGACCUCAAAGUGUUAAGAAACAUUGCUUUAAAUGAUCUCAAAGCUGCUAUUUCAACUCCGCUAAACUUGUCUUACCUCGCUGCUAGUCAUGAGGAGUUAGUUAGGGAAUCGGACACAGCCCUGUAGUCAAUUUUGGACGACGACUAAAUUAUGACAUCGAUCAUGGGGAAGAACUAAUGUCCAAUUCCAAGAGGUUUCUCCAAGUUACGAAGGAAUCAACGUUGUAUUAACUGCUCAUUAGAGUCACUUUAAAAGAAAAGGGUUUUACAGCAGGAUGAACCACUGGACCAUUCAAUCUACUACAAACAUGCAUUGCAUAUCAUUGUCCAUUUGGACUCAUUUCAAUCCAUUUUCAAAGACGUGAAUUAUUCUCUUGCACUCACACACACACACACACUCUCACUCACUCACUCACUCACUCACUCUUUAUGGGCAGAAUAGUAGAGAAACACAAAAAGACCCAAAAAUAGCACCGGUCAAAAGAGAACUUUGAGAGAUGAGACCACCCUAGAGGGCCCUAGUCAUACAUCCUAUUAAUAAAUGUGCCUUUUGAUUUAUUUAACCAAUAACCUAUAAUUUCUGAGUAACGAUGUACCUAAAUACUCAUUUUCUUUUUUCGGGUUGUUUAUUUCUGCCAAUGUGCAUAUUUUAACAUGUAUGUGUCUAUUAGUUUGAAAGUAAUCAAUGGAAAAUAUUACCUGUUUAUAUAUUUAUUGAGAUAUUUAUUCUAAUUCUUUAUUUAUUUUUGGAGACGGGUUUUUAUUUUCUGUGCUGUCUUACUUCUCUGACUUUGUGCCAAUUUGCUGCUUUGAGGUGUUACAUAUCGUGGGUUUGUAUCAUUAAUUAAACCCUAACUCUAUAUUUUAAUGAAAAGUUUGCACUCUGAA